AAGAGAGGGAGCAAGGGAAAGAGGGGGAGCAAGGGAAAGUGAGGGAGAGGGAGCGGGGGAGAGAGAGGGAGCUUAACUCCUGACAACAAAAAAAAGAGUGUGGGUGCACUAGAGCCACUCUCAUUGAGUCUAAGUAGAGCCAGUUUGGAUAGUGGUGACAUUAGAGCCUCCAUAGGUCAGAUCUCUCUCUCUCCACUCUUCAGUGGGGUGUAAAGCAAAGCCCCAGACCCCCUUCAAAGGGCCGUAGCGAUGGCGGCUAAGUCUAGAUGAUCCAGGUGGACUUACACCAGGGGCUCCAGUGGACAGGAGGGCAGGCAGAGAGAGGACACUUUAAUUUGUUCCAGAUGAAAUAUUUGGCUUCUCAGAUCUUGUUACCUUAACUGGACUUUGCGAGGAUGUGAAAAAAAUGGAUUGCAUAUUUUUCUGGGAAGUGACGAGACUCCUAAUCAAAUUGGAAUGCUGAGAGGUACCUCUGACCAACCAAGGAAUAGAAGUACCAAUGGAUGAUUUCAUAAGGAUUGUUCCAUACACUCAGUAACUGCAACCCAUAUCUAAAAGGCUGUCACUUGUUGAACAUGAAGUGUUCAGAACCAUGAGCACCAACCCAAAGAAAAUGGCGGAAGGCGGCACACACCUCAGUCCUGGUAUCCCCUCCAAACGGGCCAAAGUUUCCCAGGACCAGGUAGUUCCGGACACAGGGGACCCGGGUCGAACCCCGCCGGUGUUCCUGCGCAAGCUCCGCAAGGCUGCAGUGGGGACAGGGUGUGAUAUCCGCCUGAGGGUGUCUGUGGGGGGUCAGCCUGCCCCCUCUCUGUUUUGGUACCAUAACAAUGAUCUCCUGGCCCCGCCUGGGGAGAAGGAUGUUGGGGGUCUGUGGAUCAGGGAUUGCAAGGCCAGAGACGCUGGGCUCUAUACCUGCGUGGCCAGCAACUGCCUGGGGGAGGCUCAGAGCAGCGCCCUGCUUGCCGUUAUGGACCUGUGAGAAGACUCUGAAACCACAGAGGAUGAAGCCACAGAGCCCCAGGUACCCAUGGAAACCAAGGAAGGACCUGGCGGGCGGCACCAGGACAAGGCUGGCCGUAGAGUGCCUGCAGGUGAAGGAUGUAGGAUGAUGGACUCCAGCCCUGACCGGAGGGCCACCCUUCCUGGGGGCCAUGACCCAGUGGUGGAGAGGGAGCUCAUGGCUUUGGGCUCACGACCCCCAGGGGCCCAGGACCCAACACACCCCGGCAGGCAAGCUCUCUGCGGCGGGACCGAUGGGGGGCCAGGGGCCCUAGUCAGACACCUGGGUGUGGAGCCCUUGAUCCGGGCGUCACACGCUAACCUGGCUCGCACUAACCAACCCAUGCUGGGGUCAGAGGAAAGUGUGUCUGUAGGAAGCGACUACUAUGGAAGCAUGUUCAGCCUCUACAGGGGAAGAACGUUUUCCAUACUUUCCAUUUCCCUAAAACCCCCAUCUUCCAGGAUCCCAUCUCCUUCUCUCCCCCAAACCCAAACAGGCCCAUCCUUCAGUCCUGCCUCACCCCAGUCCAGUCAAACUGUAUCCCAACCCACAACAUCUCUCAGCUCCCAUAAGAACAGUGUCAUCUCACACAGCACCCAAGACCCUUCCCUAGGAGGAGCUGUGGUCAAAAACAAACUCCCAGGGAUGUUUUCAGGAGCCUCCUCCCAUACUUCAAGCAGCGGCAGCAGUGGUGGCAAGACACCCAAACUGCCCCGCGCCGCACCCAAGAUCUUUGACAAGAUCAAGGAGUUUGAACAAAAGGUGAGUGAGGUGAGUGCGGGGGUCAGAUCUGGGCGCUCUUUCGGCCGGGCGGCAUCCUGCGAUCUGGAGGGGGUCUCCAAAGAGGAGGGGACAAGCCAGCCGGAUGCCGCGGCCUCGAGGCGCUCCACGUUCGGAAAGAAGAGGGCCUCGUCUCUGGAGGACAAACCAAGCUACCAGCAGAGGGUCCAGAGCUUCCAGAACAAGUUCACAGAGGAGCUGGCCAGAAUCAAGAAGCUGGUGGGGAGGCCCAACCUAAAGAAGGCCUACUCCACCGAGCAGUUGCCCCAGAUGGAGAGACAGUCUGUGGGCAAGCUGGAGCCCAUUCCCCCUCAGGUGGUCAAGAAGUUGGAAAAGAGGGAGAAGGUCCUGGAGGAGAGAGGACUAUUAGAGAAGAGUGUUGAAGAGAGUUUUUCGUCCCGAAAAUUGUCCCAAUCCCAUGAGAAGGGUCUGACAGAUCAAAGGAAUGUUCCUCAACGGGAGCAGCAUGAUUCAGCUUCAGCGUCAGCUCAGCCGUCUGAGUCUAAAAGUGUGGGGAAAGGCUCUGUUUCCAUGGAGACAGUACUGGUUAACCAGUUACCAGGACGACGAUCACCCUCAUCAAGAGUCACGCGGAAAAGCCCAACCAGGGAAGGCCUUCGGAGCUCUCCCACAGCGGUGAAGCCUCCACACACGGCCGAGGAACAACCACCUGUAUCUCCAACAUCCAAAAGGCCUUUGGCUGAUAAAGAGCUGGAGCAGCCUCCACCCAGGAUGGACCACCCCGGGUCUCCAACCCCUACCGCACAAAGAACACCGCCUACCUACCCCAAAGGGCCUUCCUCUCCUAAAGAGCUUGAGAAACCUCUACACCACCGCAGGUCUCCAAGCCCCAGGUCUCCAAGCCCCACCAUGCAGGGAGGACCACCACCGACCCCUGCCAAAGAGCCAGCCUAUGCCUAUCCCCCUAAGCCCCCACGGCUGUCCCCCACCCCCAUCUCCACCCCUUCCAUCAGCCCUCUAACGAAGAGACGGAAGGGAGAGCCGGGGAGAACGUCUCCCGCGCUGAAGAUGACCAUUCCUACCAUCCUGGUGGAGGACGAGCUCAUGGAAAUGGAAGAGGAGGAGGUCGGAGAGAAGAGAGAAAGAGAAAAGACGAGAAGAGCAGGGAAGAAGGAGGGCAGGGCUUCCAAGACUCAGAAGAAGGGAAAAGUCUCGGGAAAGUCUUGGGAAAGUCAGCCUACGUCUCCUGAGACAGGAGACGAUUCAGAUGACUCUUACAUGUCGGCAGAUGAGGGGCCAGCUGAGAAACCAGCGUUUGAGAGGCCCCUGGGGGACACCAUCGCCACCGCUGGCUCUGAGGUCCUGCUCAAAUGUGUCAUCACUGGCAGCCCCCUCCCAAUAGGUAGGAGAUAUUCUGUGCUGCAGAUCCGUUCCAGUAUUCAGCAGGUGCUUGAAGGGGUCAGCUACCUUCACCAGAAAGACAUUGCUCAUCUUGACAUCAAGCCUGAGAACAUCCUGAUGGCAGGCCGACACAGUGACAAGAUCCGCAUCUGUGACUUUGGCAAUGCCGUCAAGCUGGGGACCAAUGAAGCCCACUACUGCAAAUACGGCACUCCGGAAUUUGUUGCUCCGGAGAUCGUUAACCAAACGCCAGUCUCCAAGGCAACAGACAUCUGGCCUAUUGGGGUUAUCACUUACCUAUGCCUGACUGGUGUGUCUCCUUUUGCUGGGGAGAACGACAGAUGCACCGUCCUCAACAUCAGGAACCAAAAUGUGGCUUUUGAGGAGAGUAUGUUUGCUGACCUCUGUAGAGAGGCCAAGGGAUUCGUCAUCAAACUGCUGGUGGCUGACAGACUGAGGCCUAACGCUACAGAGAGCCUUCGCCACCCCUGGUUCAAGACUUCAAUAAAAGACAAGAGCAUCAACACAGCGAUCCUAAAACAGGUCUUAUCUCGAAGACGUUGGCAGCGUUCCCUCAUCAGCUACAAAUCCAAGAUGGUAAUGCGCUCCAUCCCUGAGCUUCUCAACGACUCGUCCAACCACAUCUCUAUCGCUGUGGCCCGUCACCUCAAAGAGGGCUCGCCCCCACCCUCCUCAUCCUCUGAUUCGGACGAAGAUGUGGACGAACUCCCCUUCAUCCCCAUGCCUCUAUCUAUGGUCUUCUCCAGCUCCAGGGUCUCCCUCAACGAGAUACCAGGUGACGAGGACGUCACAGGACUGCCUUCCAGGGACAAUGGGACAGUGGAAGGGGCGUGGUUAAUCCGGCACAUGGAACAGCCCAUAGAGGAGGUGGUGUCCAAAAAGGAGGCCAAGGAAUUAGGAAGAAGCAGAGGAACGAGAAAAAGGGUAACAACCGAGGAAGAUGGCGGGUCUUCGGAAGAGGAGAAGACCGCAGUGAAAACGAAGAGAGUCCCCCUGAAGAAGGGCUCAAGUGUGGAGGAGGAUGACACUCAGACGAAGUCCCGGAGAGCGACGAUGAGGAGGGGCAGUUCAGCUGACUCAGCCCUGCUUCUCCACAUUGAGCCAGAGGAGGGGGCUGUGGAGGAGGGCAAGGAAGACAAUGGCAAAAAACGCCUUAAAAAGGCUGUUUCCAUGGAGCUACCAAAUCGGAGCCCCAGCCCUGGGGCGGCUAAGAUGAGCCAGGAGGACUAUGCCCUCAAACUGGAGCUGAUGAGACAGAGGCUGCUGAGGGGAGGCAACAGCAAAAGCGGCCUGCGAGGUCCCCUUCUGGAGACCCUAGGAAUGGACGACGAGAGGCGAACCUCGUCCCUGGACCGAAACUUGAGGAGAUCCAGGGUGGGGGCGCCAGAGCGGUCACUGGCCAGAGCAGCAUCUACCGAAAGUGCAGUGGAGGACACAUCCAAAUCCAAAAUGUUCCAGAAGAGUUCCUCUUUCAGUCAGGGAGACUCGGAGCCCAUUCCCCUACACCGGCAGUUUGGAGCCCCCUUAGAGUUCCCCACUAGCACAUCUAGCCAGAGCACUGAGAGGAGAGAGAGUGCUGAAAGGACCCAGGGCAUUGAGAGGAACGCACAGGGGAAAGACCUCCAGGAGGCCACUUCCAUAUCAGCAAUUACGGAGCAGACCAGGCUGGAUUCCAGACCUUACUCUCAUGGGCCCUCCUCCUCCAUACAGCCCACCUUAGCCAAAGAGGACCAACGAGUGAGGGAAGAGCCAGAGGAGAAGAAGAGCAAGUCUGAGAAGACUUCUGAAAGAGAUGAAGAGAUGGAGAGAAGGACCAAAGCACAGGAGAGGGUUGAUAGACACGAGUCGAAGAGGGAGAUUUCCCAGGGCAGGUCUCCAACUGUGUUAGCUCCUGUGAUCGUCAUAGAGGAGGAGGAUACUGAGGAAGAUGUACAGAAAGAGAAGCAGGAGAUAGAGUUAAAGAAAGAAGAGGUGAAAGCAAAAGGUUGUGAUUCUCCAGGGGUUACUCCUACAGGAAAAAUGUCUGCGUAUGCCAACGUGAUGCAAACUAUUGUAGUACCAUCUGGAAAACCUGACAGCAGCCAGAGAUCUACAGAUAGCCCCCCGUUUCCUGAACACCCUGCCGUCUUCGCUAAGGUGGCCACCGAACGCCCAACAAGCCCAACCAUCUCGACUAGCUCGUCUACGGUCCCAGUCCGCCCCACAACCCCACGCCAACCUACCACGCCCCUCAGAACAGACAUCAAGGACAUCGACUCGGAGGAAGUCUUUGAAUCCAGGUUCAAGAAGCGUGAGUCAUCCCUUACCCGUGGGCUCCAGAGACUUAUCAGGACCAAAACAGAAGAGAAGUCCCCGACCCUUCCCCAUAAGACAGGCGAGGGUGAGGAGGUAUACCGGCCGGGGCGUCUGGGGGCUCCGCUGGAGAUGGUGCCCCAAGGAUUGCAGGAGAAAUCCAAGUCCGUCCAGGACUUGAGGGAGGUGGAGAGAGACACAGGGUCCCUGGGCAUCAUUGGACGGUUUUCCAUGCGCACCAAGAGGACCCCAUCCAUAGAUAAAAAGGAGGAGAAGUCAAAGGAGACUGAGCCUGCGUCCAGUAAGCGCAGGGUGUCCUGGUCCAUAGGCCGCAGUAAGAGUCUGGACACGACAGAGCUGGACAAUAUAGAGGCUCGGAGAGAGCAGGAGGUGAGAGAACGCAAAAAGAUGGAGGAGUCGUCUGUCUUCGCAAUGCGGCGGAAGUUCGAGAACAAAGUAGCUGGUAUCUCAGCCAGUUUGAGGAGCAAGUCAGAGGAAAGGAAGGAGGAGAAAGAGGCCAAGCGACGCGUGGAGGAAGAGAAAAGUCGGAAAGAUGCAGAAGAAAAUUAUUUUAAGAAGGUCAGUGAUUCCCCAGUCUUGGCGAUGAGGAAGAAGUUUGAGAACAAGGUGGCAGGAAUUUCUGGGAAAGUCCGAAGCCAGUCAGAGGAUAGAAAAGAGAUGGAGGAAGAGAAGCCAGAGGGAAAGAAAACUCCACUGUUUUCCCGUCAUCGACAUUCCCAGUCCGAGGGAAGAGGUCUCAAAGAGAUGGGGAUCCCAGAGAAUCAGCUAGCCAAACAGACAAACAAAGAAUCCAAAGUGUCCAAGGAAUCCAUUGGGUCUGCUUCAAGCCUUCAUUCCGAAAAGUCAAAAAGUCAAAAGUCGCUCACUCCAGAGACUGACAGGCGGUCGCGGUGGGACAGGUGGGGUCUGGGCAGGAGCAGGAAGGAUAAGACCCCCUCUCAGACUGACCUCCCCUCAGCCAAAGAUGAGGGGUCAUCAGGCAGCCUGCAGUACUCCCGCACUUCCUCUAACUUCCCUCCUGUGUUCCUCAUCAAGCUGAGGGACCACGUCUUAUUGGAGGGUGACCCUGUCACUCUUAGCUGCCUCCCGGCUGGCAGCCCCCACCCACAAAUCAGCUGGACUAAAGAUAAGAGACCACUGGAGAUGGACGACAGGAUGAGUCUGAUCUCCUGUCCAGACGGCAGGCAGCUCGUUACGAUCAUGAAGACCAGCAGGAGGGACGCAGGGCUCUAUGAGUGUGUGGCCAGUAACCCCUUAGCCAGCGUCACCAGCUCCUGCACACUGUCCCUGGCCUGUGUCCCCAAAAGGCCAGGCACCCCGGAGGUUCCCCAGACAUACAACAACACAGCCCUGGUGCUAUGGAAACCAGCUGACACCAAGCCCCCCUGUAGCUACUCUCUGGAGAGGAAGACAGAAGGUAAUGCCAACUGGCUGAUCAUAGCGACUGGAGUGGCUGACUGUUACUACAAUGUCACAGACCUGCCACCAGGGGGCGCCUUUAGUUUCAGAGUGGCCUGCGUCAACAAGGCAGGACAGGGACCCUACAGCAACACAUCGGACAAAGUCAGCCUGGACUCAACAGUAGGUGUGUCCUCUCCAGCGGUGGCCAUUGUGAAGACAAUCUCCUCACCUCCCUCCCACCCUGCCCCAGCAGCUACCACCUUAGUGACUGUUAUCCCAAAGGUCAAACCAGCAGUAAUGCAACCUCCUGGUAAAACGGUGUCCACUGUCUCUCCCUCUUCACCCUCCCUUACACAGACCUCUCUAACCUUCCCUGCUCACACCACAGCUCUCUCUCCCUCUACACCUUCGGCCCCCGCCAGCCCUGCCAUCACAACCCCUCCAACUGAACACCUGACGGUCACCCCUCCAACUCUCCCCUCCCCGCCUGUAGUCAAACCUCCUCCCUUCGUCCUCCCCAAACCCCAGAGUCCUGUUAACGUGGUCCCACCCAUGACCCAAACCCCGCACAUCUCUCCCCCUCUCCCUCUCGUUACACCUCCUUCCACCCCCACCAAGCCCGUCAUGGCAUCCGUUCCUACCUACGCCACUGCCCGUAUGGCCCCCAGCCCCCUCCCGGCCCCCUCCUUCUCCCCCCAAGUGCUCCAGGUCAGCAGUCUGAGCCCAAUAGGGGAGGGGCGGGGCACCCCUGUUCGAGGGACCCCCAGGGACCACACCAUGCUCAAGCCGGGUGAGACAGCUCUACGACAGGGAGUCCCACAGAAGCCCUACACCUUCCUGGAUGAGAAAGCCAGAGGGCGGUUCGGUGUGGUCCGGGAGUGUCGAGAGAACGCCACAGGACACGUCUUCAUGGCUAAGAUCAUUCCGUACGACCAGGAGACUAAGAAGUCCAUCCUGCAGGAGUAUGAGAUCCUCAAGUCUCUCCACAACGACAAGGUCAUGACCCUCCACGAGGCCUACGUCACCCCACGUUACCUGGUGCUGGUGGCUGAGUACUGCACUGGCAAGGAGCUGCUCCACAGCCUUAUAGACAGGUUCCGUUACUCGGAGGAUGACGUGGUGUGUUACCUGGUUCAGCUCCUUCAGGGUUUGGAGUACCUCCACAACAGACGCGUCCUCCAUCUAGACAUCAAGCCUGACAACGUCAUGGUCACCAACCUCAAUGUCAUCAAGAUCGUAGACUUUGGCAGCGCGCAGAACUUCAACCCCCUCUCCCUCAAACAAUACAGCAGAGGCCUGGGCACCCUGGAGUAUAUGUCUCCGGAGAUGGUGAAAGGUGAUGUGGUCGGCCCUCCAGCUGACAUCUGGAGCCUGGGGGUUCUAACCUACGUCAUGCUUAGCGGUAGGCUGCCCUUUCAGGACAAAGACCCACAGCAGACUGAGACCAAAAUCCAGAUUGCCAAGUUUGACCCGACCAAGCUCUACCCCAACGUGUCCCAAAGUGCCUCGAUGUUCCUCAAGAAGAUGCUGAGUAGCUAUGCCUGGGCCCGUCUGAGCACCAAGGACUGUUUCACCCAUGCAUGGCUGCAGGACUCGUACCUGAUGAAGCUGAGGAGACAGACGCUCACCUUCACCACCACCAAGCUGAAGGAGUUCCUGGGGGAGCACCAUCGACGUCGCACCGAGGUCGCCACCAAACACAGGGUCCUCCUACGCUCCUACUCCAGCUCAGCUUCUUCAACCACAUCGACCACACCAAACCUACCUAAGUGAAGGCAUAUGACUUAUGUCAGUGUUAACUAGCCACCAGAGGGUGGAGGUAUGGGGGAUGUGUGGUGCACAACAGUGGGCUCCAUGAUAGAGGGAGGACUCUGAGUCCUCAUCCCCCACAGAGUGAGGCCGUGCCUGAGUAAGUUAUGGGAGUGGAGAUUAGAGCCAUGAGCAUUGCACCAGC